AUGGUGCCUACAAUGCCCGGGCACUCUCAGCGCAGUCAGCAACAGCAACAGCGUAUCCAGCCACUGGUGGGUACACAAGGACCACACCAGUACAGCGCAACUCCAGUCGCAGCCACACGGAUUGCCUCUCAUCGGACAGGAGUAGAAGGGCUUCAUCGCGGUGCUCAAGUUCCCGCUGUGAAUGUGCAGGCCGCGCGAACGACGUCGCGCACUCAGCAAGAGCAGUGGCUCAUCAAUGCGCAUCCAGACCUUCAAGGAAAGGCCGUAACGAUCAUUCCAGCCAUUCCCGCGAAGCAAGGCACUAUCGGAUCUGCUGUCGAUCAGAAAGAUGAGAUGCUAGUACCACGCGAUGUGUGGCGCCUACGCUCCCUGCCUUCCUACAAGCGUUAUAUCGCAUACCGCCAAAUGGCAGAGCUAGGACGUCAGAUGAGCGAGUAUGACCAAACUAGCAAAGAAAAUCAGUCGCUAUGGAAGCGUAUCACAACCUUCGAAGCGAGCUUGAUUGAGGCCGAGGUGGAGUUUGCGAGUAGACUCAAGCAAGAUACAGCUGAAACCAGGGCGAGGUGGGACCGGAUCGUAGCGGCUCAGGCAGUUGGGACUCUAGUCGACCAGGAUAUGGUAGCUGCCUAUGACCAGUAUUGCGGCAUUGCAUCUGCGACGUCCCCGGUGGAUGUGGCAGACACGACUCAACUGCCCAUAUCUGAUCAAGUUCUAGCAGGGCAGAAUCCACUACCACAGCCCCAGACUUCUAUAUCUUCUGCGCCUACCGUUACUUCGUCAGUACCGAUGGAGCCCAUCAAACCAGACCAGAGGAAACAUCACCUGGACAAAGUCUCGGUCCCUCCAUACCCUGGCGAUAUCGAGGACUUUACGCCGCACGAAGUCACCGGAAUGUACAAAUGCAACCACCAAUGGUUAACCGGGGCCUGCUGCACAGAAGGAGUCACAAAGGAAAGAAAGAGAGCUUCAAUCUCGCGGGAGAAAUCGGCGUGGAAACGACAGGUGGAAAAGUUGGUCAAGAAGGGCGACUUGUAUAAGAGCCAUAUUACAUGGAAGACGGAACAGUCAACCAGUAAGGGGAAAGACCAGAAGAUGGAGACUGCGGAGAAAGGGCGAUUACGGAAUGAAAAGAAGGCGGAUGCCACCGCGAAGAAAGGAGCGAGAAAGGAACGGAGUAAAAAAUGGCGAGAGCAGCCACACGAUGAGGUCGAUGCAGGAGCUGCACCUGUACCUACCCUGGUACCGAAUCCGCUUGAACAGGGCCUCGCACCUACUUCUGAAGUUGAUUCUGAGCUUUCUCCAGACGAAGAGGCCGCUGCCAUUGAGUCCGCGCGCCAAGAAAAAAUCGCAAAAGACUUGAAGAAGUACAAGUGGGAUCUCAAGCGCUGUAAGCGUAUCGAGGAUGUGAAGAAGUGGCCAAAUUGGUCACGCUUCAAUGAAUAUUGGGCGGCAAAACAUCUUGAGGCUCAACAAUUGCAGCUGUCACUCGAACAGCAAACUCUAUUGAAAGGCUGGGAACCGUCUGCCAUUCCAGACAAGAACCCAGCGUUUGUCAAGAAAAACGCCGAAGAUACGGUACCCGUAGACGUGGGAGAGAGUGCUGAGGUCGAUGAUUCGAACUUAGAUGAAUUGUUCGAGGAUGCAGAAGAAGCGGUCGAGUAA